AAGCCCCUGAUGGAGAAGAAGCGACGGGCGCGCAUUAAUGUGUCUCUGGAGCAGCUCAAAGCAUUGCUAGAGAAACACUACUCACACCAGAUCCGGAAACGCAAGCUGGAGAAGGCGGACAUACUGGAGCUGAGCGUCAAGUACGUGAAAAGCCUUCAGAACUCGGUGCAAGGGCUCUGGCCGGUCCCCAGCGGAGCCGAGUACCCGUCGGGCUUCCGCGGCUGUCUGCCAGGCGUCAGCCAACUUCAGCGGUGCGGCGAGGAGGGCGGUGGCAGCCCGCGCUGCCCCCUGGUGCACGAGCGCGCGGGUGGCAGCACCAUGGACAGCGCCAGCCCCGGGCCCGAGGCGCCUGCGCCGCGCGGCCCCUGCGCCCCGGUAGUUUGGGCCCCUGACCCGGCCGCGGGCGGAUCCCGGUCCCCGCCACCCCGGCUCUUUGGAGGUCUCCCCGGCCCGUCUACCAGCGUCCCCGGCCCGCAGUCGGCGUCUCGCCGCUUCGCCGAGAGCUCGGGGUCCGGGCUGCGCUUGUGGCGGCCCUGGUGAGACUCAGGUGCGGUCUCGGACUCAAGAGAGCCCUCGUCUUGCCUGGGGACGCAGAGACUGUUCUGAACCGCCCGAACCGCGGUCAUCGGUUCUGGUCCCGGGACGGGAUGGCCGGGAGGGAGCUGCGUAUCUGCGAACUCGGGGAGGUACAGGAAGCCGCGGUUGGACAGGGUUCUGCGCUUCUAGGCAUAGCCCAUCCCCCACCCCAGCCCUACCAACUCAGGCUGAACCCACUUUCUCCUCCCACCUUCUAGUAGAUCAGGGAGGGGGGUGUACCCGGCUGCGCCCCUUUCCCAGGGCCCCUGGCGGGCAGCCCGCCCCCACCCCCGCCCCGCGGCCGCGCCGCUGUGGGAAGGUCGCCGUCGGCAGCGGCGCAGAGCGGACCCCUCGCAGCGAGGAGAAUCGCUGCCCCGCCCCGGCCCAUUCAACCAGCCGGGGACGCCCGGUUCCCACCGGCACAAAGCGCGCCAGGUCCCGCCCCGCCGGCGAGGGGCCCCCAGCCCAGCCCACCCCCGCCCUGGACCCACUCUGCUUCCACGGAUCCCCACCCCCUCCGCACGCUGCGCGGCCCACCCGCUGGCGCGCACUCGGAAGUCAGCCCCGUCCCUGGAGACCAGCCCUGCGCGGGCCCCGCCCGGUGAGAUGCUCCGCCUCCGCCCCGGCCCCCUGACGGUGCGCACCGUCACACCAGCUUGAGGGUUGCGAGGGCAAACCCCCGGCUCCUCUCUAGCGGGAAUUCACUUCUCCCUACUCAGAAAAGAACUUCGGCCCGCGGCCUGGCCUCGGGCAGACCCGCCCCAACAGCGCAGUGGCCCCGCCUCUGGGCCUCUGGGCCCGCCAGGAGCCCACCACUCUUGACCACCGAAAAUGAGGUCAUUGCUGUGCUCAGGCCUGAACCCAGGGGUCCCGGCCCGCGAGGGGAAGCCUAAGGGUAGAGGACAGGAAUCCUGCGCUGAGGCCAAGAUGAAUUCCCGGCACCUCCUCCCACUAGCUUAAAAUUCAGAAUAAAGAGGCCACGAAGGUUCUGAUUUUCUCCCAUGAUGCCUACUUAGGUGAAUCUUCUUUUGAACUACAAAUAGCAACUUUGUAUAAAUCAUUGCUCAUUUUGAGCUGCCCCUGCCUUGCCGCGUGCUAAACCCGACCUGGUCAGAUGGCGGGGCUCCCCUACCCGACCCAGCGGGCUUUUCCGAGGUGGGGCGGCGGUCCCCGGCCGUCUGUCGGGUCUCAGCUUCCCGGCUCUAAUCCUUCUGCUGGCCAUUAGGUGGCGACCUUGCAGCGUGGACCCAGGCCGCGUCCUCCAGAUUCCAAUCCUGGCUGGACCGGGGUGGGGGGGUGGGCGGUGUCACCGGCACCACGGGUCCGCCUCCUCUAGGCGGGGCUCCAUCGACUCCGCUCUCCUGGCCCUCCAGAAUCCACCUCAGUGGGGUCAGCGGUCCCUGAAGCCAUCCUCAGGCCAGGGCUGCCACCUUCAGUCACAGGUCCUCUCCUCCCUCUGUUAGAGCUUUGAGGCCCCCCCCCCCCACGCCAUCCUGCCGCUGCUCCAGGCCCGUCUCGCUCGCUGGGUGGGUGUCGCGUGAUUUGCAGAGCGAAAGGGGCAAGUCUGACUCAAAGGAAGGGCGCGCUAGCGGAGGAAUUCAGGACCCAGAGGGAAAGAUGUUCGGGUGUAGCUGUGCUGUUGGGUUCUAGAGAGGUGUUUCUAGGAAACUGGCAUGGGAUUGCCUGGUGCAAAUCAUAGGAAGUUUUUAUUGGAUUCUGUACAGAAAUGCUCAGUUGUUGAAGAAAAAAAAAACCUACAAACGGAUCCUGGCUCUGGGCUGGGUGGUGGUAUGAAGACAGCGCUCCCUGCCUGCUGAACCCAGGGUCCAGCUGCUCAUCAAGGCAGCCAGCAGGCCUGGAGGCUGGACAAAGGGAGAGAGGGUCCUCCCUUCUCUUUAAUUUUGUAAAAAUCAGGACUGGAGGGACUUCAGGAGACCAUGCCUCCUGUGGGUAUUGCCAUCAGAUAUGAAAUACACAGAGUGAAAACGCAAGGUGACAAAUUGGCCAGCCUGAUGGGGGUGGGGGGCAGUGGCUAACUGCUGACCUCUGCCCCCACAUGACAUGUCUGUCCUCGAAGGCACAGCUGCGUUGGCAAGGCAGGCCUCCCACGGCUGAGGCUGGACUGGAGCCCCUGCCUUGCUCACGUGGCCAGCCCAUCCCCCCAAGUUACCCCACAGCCAGAGAUGGAAGGGGCCUCUGAAGCUGAGACAAAACUGGGCACUAGUUCCCAUGGCCCCCACAUUCUCCCCAUUCCCAGGGGCCUCUCUGGAGCUGGGACCCUGCCUGGAGGGUAAGGAGACAGCCUUGACCACCUGAGUGGCAGAGGCAGUGCUGCAAUUCCAGAUUCCAGAACAGGAAGGAAGUGGGUGUAGACCAGCUCUUUGCUGAACCUGGAACCCACUCCAGGUCUUCAUAUGUCGGAGCCACCGAUGGGAGGCAGGGGAUGGGGUGAGACUCCCUCUGCAUCCCGCCCCACCACUCCAGCCCAAGGUCACAGCUGUUUCUGGGCUUCUCCUUAGCCCGAGUCUGGCGUCUUCCGCCAUGGAAGACCCAGCAGGCCCUCUCCAGGGCCCGUGGCCAAGCCUGGGCUGGCGAGAGGUCUGCCCAGCAUGGAGAGCAAUGAAGAGCCCUGCCUCAGGGUGGAGAAAGAAUCUCACCAGGGACCAGGCCUUAAACCCAGAAUUUGGGAGGCCUGGAAGCCAAAAUCCCUUCCUGGGCAGACCUGCAUGGGUUGGGGAGAGGCACCAGGACCAGGAAGCCCCCUCCCCCUUUGCUUAAUUUCUGUCCACCAUGUAUCCAGGACUUUCAUGGUGGGAGUCACAGAGGUGGCUGAAUGAAGGCAGAGUGAUGGGGGGGGCAGAUGCUAAUAGCGGUCAAGGUGAGUGUGGUGCAACGGGGACGGGUGCAAAAGUGUUGUGCUUUAGCUGGGGUGGGAGGAUUUCCCAAGCAGGCCAGGGGCACUAAGCAUGGGCGGCCUCAGGCUUGGGGGCCACAUCAGGCCAGAAGACUGACCUCCACAAAGGUUUCAUGGAGGGCCCUAGACUCACUCUCACUCCCUGUCCACCCAGUGGUCAGGGCACACUGACCAGGAGCCUUGUCCAAGCAGUCCUGAGAGUUAAUAUGGUCGCCUGCUCAUCACACAUGGGGAAGCCAAGGCAGAACAGGUCAGCAGGGAGACCUGCUGAGAGAACGGGUUGGGCUACGAAGACCCCUGUGCUUAGAGACCCUCUGUGCCCCACCCCCUGAGGUGCGAUAAUUACAGUGCAGGGCAGAAAGCUGGGUGCAGUCUCGUGGCUCCUGCAGGGCUGGGCUUUGUUGCAUCGGGUGGUGGCCCU